AUAUAACCUGGAGCGGAGCUGGGUCUCCAGUUCAAGUCUAACCUCAGUCCUCCAAACCUUAGAAUCCGUAAACUUGGAAAUGCCGGUAACUGGCAUUACUUAAGUAGUGUGUUCCCAUGAGAAGAUUAAAUUGAUGAAUAAAGAGAAAAGAAAACCUUGUAAAGAAAUGGGUGAAUUUGACGAUGGUUUGCUAGACCUGGGAGAUGUAUCUACGGAUCUAGAGGCACUCGGAGCCAAUGACCUGGAGGAGAGAGGGGAACUUAACCUGGACGUGGAGGGAGAAUCUGCUCCUGAGUAUGAUUAUGACAGUGUGUCAUCUCCAGGAGGUUCGACCUGCUCCGGUCCAACCUAUAUCAGACACUCAGGGUUCGGUCCUGAUGUUAAUCGACCACUCAGCCAACUUAGUGCUGGGUCUCCUCCAACCUACCCAGGUCCACCCUCACCCCUAACUCAUUCUUUAUCUCAACCGAUCAUUUUAACCAAAGGUUUGGCAUCACGACACAAGCUGCCCAACCAACCCUACCUAGACAACUAUUCUAACAACCAGGAUUCGAGAAAGAAGAAAAAGAAAGGUUUGCUCCGACCUGAGUUUAGUGAGUUUGGACAGGAUAUCCGGGGGCAGCAGAUAUCUGGGAGUAAACUUACCGGAGUAAAACUUGGAACAUUAACAUCAACACGGAACAAAUCUAGGAAAGAACCCCUGCCCAUGAAGUUGCGAGCUCUACCCCAAUCCUUCUGGCAGCAACCUAACCUAGCCAACCCUCUCCCUCCAGGUUCAGUGUUCUCCACUUUACCUCCUCUACCUGGACAGGAGGGGGAGCUGGAGAACCACGCCCCUCCUGUCAGUGCUGUGGCAGGGUCCGGAGCUGAGGAGUUCCUAAGAGAGAGGAUGAGUACAGCAAACACGGAUUUACUCUUCUCCUUGUUCAACUCUGUGGAUUCAGAUCUAGGUUCAGGGAGAAAGAUUCAGAUGGUUAGACGAGGCAGAUGA